AUGUCAGGGGAAAUUAUCCAAGGAAAAGCAAAAAAUCUUUUCCUGAAAAUGUAUGGUCAAACUAAUCCAGAAUUCAGCUUCUCUUCUGGUUGGUUAGAACGUUUCAAGUUAAGAUGCAAAAUCAAGUCUUAUACAUGUUUUGGUGAAAGUAGUUCAGUUAUCAUGAAGAACAUUGAAAACGAAUUGCCUAACAUACAGUCAAAACUAGAUCAGUUUGAAUUGAAAGAUAUUUAUAAUAUGGAUGAAACUGGACUAUUUUACCGAUUGGAAGCUGAUCAUUCACUUGCUACCAAGCAGCUUGAAGAUGAAGGUAUCCAAGGAAUUGGUGAAUUAGAUGAAGGUAUUCAAGAAUUAAAUGAUGUCAUCUCUAAUUUAGCCUACAUAAAUGUGAUGGAUGUUGAACAUCUUUUGAACUACCCUAAAGAGAAUGAUACAAUUAUGAAAUCACCUAUAGAGGAAGAGAUUAUUCAAUAUGUAAUGAAUAAUGAUGAUGAGAAUGAUCCUGAACAAGAUAAUAGUAGCAUUGUCCCACAUGUAUCGUCAAAGAAGGCAUUUCAAGCAAUGACUACAUUGUCAAACUAUUUGAAUAUUGGUAUGACUAAAGAAGACGAAGAAGACGGGUUCAACCAGGGCAAUCCAUCUCCGUCUCCGUCCAAGUCGAAGAAGACGGGUUUACAGCUUGAGUGGACUAUGUGGCGGGAGAUUGUUUGA